UAGGAUCGAAGUCUCUUGCUAGAGGUCUUCAGUUUCCUUUAACGAUUCGCAUUUGUUAUCAUAAACAUUUCCACGUAGUAUCGUCGUCGUGUUUUCAUUGCCAGCUGUCAAAUCACAAUAACGAUGGGGGCGUUACUCAGCUAUUUUCGAAGUCUCAUUGGCUCUAGGGAAAUGAGAAUUCUUAUCUUGGGUCUUGAUGGUGCUGGAAAGACAACAAUAUUAUAUCGCUUACAAGUAGGAGAAGUGGUAACUACCAUUCCUACGAUAGGUUUCAACGUGGAGCAAGUCACAUAUAAAAACCUAAGAUUUCAGGUUUGGGAUCUAGGCGGGCAAACUAGUAUAAGACCUUACUGGCGAUGCUAUUAUUCUAACACCGAUGCCAUCAUAUAUGUAGUUGAUUCAGCUGAUAGAGACAGAAUAGGAAUAUCUAAGCAAGAGUUGGUUUCCAUGUUAGAGGAAGAAGAGCUCAAGUCAGCUAUAUUAGUGGUCCUAGCUAACAAGCAAGAUAUGGAAGGAGCUAUGACAGUUGCUGAAGUCCAUUCAGCGCUAGGUUUGGAUGCAUUAAGGACAAGAACUUUCCAGAUUUUCAAAACAUCAGCUAUUAAGGGUGAAGGGCUUGACCAGUCUAUGGAUUGGUUAGCCAAUGCUCUUGCCACCAGAAAAUGAGAUUUGGUUGCUAUUUAAUUGAGGCUUGGUGGAGAAGUUAGUGUAGAGAGGUUGUCGACUCUUGCUCCUCAUAUGAUUCCAAACUUUGCCAAGAUAACUAAUGUGUCUUGUAGAUAUAGUUGUAUUAUCCUCCCCUGGAAACAUUUUGAAGGCUGUUUUCUAGCCUGGAAUUUAAAUUUAAUGGUGAUAGUUUGGGAUUUAUUUGACAAGCAAGGAUAAAAAUGUGGUUUUCACUGUUUAAUACAGUAUAUUUGUAAGUGAAUUCAUACAGGCUUAUGGAGCUUGUAUAUGAAUGUGAUUUUAUAUUUGCUGUAUGUGACUGCUGUAUUUUGUCUUGUAUUUUUACCACGUAAAAAGUAGAAUGGAUGAAUGAGUAAUUUGCCAUGAAAAUAUUUUUUCAAAGAAAACCUGUGGAGUCAGUGGUGUGUCUUGAAGGAAAAUCAUCUUAGAAUUAUGUAAAUCCUAUUUAAGGCAUCUUUCUUUGAUAAAUAAGUUUAAAUGUUUCACUUUCUCAUACUACUUAUCUCUGUAAAUUAUAAUCCUUUAGCAGUGGUACAAUGAUUCACGUUCAAAAAGAAAUUUGUUAUACUUUACUAAAAACUUUGGAGUCUUGCGGAAAGUUUUUUGAAAGCUUGCAAUUAUCAUUCAAUACAAGUUGUGUGCUAUUAUUCACAGUUUUCAAAAUAAUAGUUUGAUAUGCAUUUCUCUUUGACAUGUUAGCUGUAUCUUGAAUGGUAUGUGAUUUUUUCAUGUACAGUAUCCCUCAACUUCUAUAUACUGUACGACUAGAUUAAUAUUACAAAAGUGAAGAGUUUGUGGAAGAAUAUUGUAAGACUUAAGUCAGCAUUUUCAAUGAGUUUCUAUUAUGAUGCUGUGAGAAAUUUUGUAAUUAACUAUUGUCUUGAUAUAUAGAAAACUUUCAUUCAGGAAUGAUGGAAUUGAUGCCCAAAAAUUUUUGCUAUUCAGAUAAAAAAUUAAAUAACUCCUUGAAGUGGCCUUUUAUGAGGUCAAGUUCUCAUUACCUUACUGAGAUACAAUAAUACUAUUACCCAUUAUGAGGUCAAGUUCUCUUUACCUUACUGAGAUACAAUAAUACUAUUACCUAUUCUGAGAUACAGUAAUAUUAGCAAAGGACAAAGUUGAAUAAUUUUUUUUAAUUAUAUCAACGAAUGUAACCCAUUUUUUUUCCAUAUGUAGCAUUAGACUUCCAGAUUAUUAGUUGAUCACAGUAGACAGGUAGAGUUUCUUUGAAGUCAAUGCAGUAUGUAUUUUUAAACUACAGAUUUUUCAAAAAACUUAGUCAUUAGUGUUAAUCCAUCCUUGUCAGUUUUCAAAGUAUCAUACUAAAUGUUGCCCCUUCCUCUGCACCCAUGCAACCAACUGGAAAUUAGUGGCACAAAUGUAUGAUUGUGGAGGUUAUAAUGAAAAAAAAUUGGUUAUUAUCAUUCAACAUUGUAUUUUGUUAUUUCAGAAUUAUAAAUUUUUUCAUUUAUGAUACCAUCCAUAUGAAGUUAGGUCUAUUGUUUCAAGUUUCUUUUUCUUGUAGUUAAAAAGUAUGAUUGUACGCUGUACUCAAAUAUUUAUUAAAAGGGUUUUGUGAUCCUUAUUAUUAUUCAAAUGUGAACAGGUUGCAAAUUCACACUUCACUGUUCAUUAAUUUCAAUCUUAAUUUUUCUCAAAGGGUUACUUCUCUCUUGACUGAAUGAAUAUCUAAUAAAAGUGAAACUUAUA